CGCACAAAAUCCGCCCAACCCGAUCCCCAUCGGAUCUCCCGCCGAAACUACCUCGUACCAGGCCCGCACGGAUCCCACCAUCCAGUCUCCACGCACGGCUUCCACCGGUCUCCACCCGACACGCCCGGAUCGAAUCCAAUCCGCCUCCACGCCUUCUAAACCCUAGGUAUCGCACGCCGCGGCUCCCCGCUCCGUUUCUUGAAAUGCCUCGCCGCCCGCGGGCGACGAUCUACUCGACGGAAUCGGAUGAUGCGAGUGCGCCGGAGUCGGGAUCGGAGGAUGAGGAUGACCUGGAUGACGAUGACGAGGUAGAUGGACAGGGGGCACCCGCAGCGACUUCGGCGGCGGGGUUAUCGAUCAAGCUCGUGAUCGACACCAAGUCUCAGAAGGUGCGGUUCGCCGAGGCCGGAAGCGACGUCGUGGAGUUCCUCACCGGCCUCCUGUCCCUGCCGCUGGGCACCGUCGUCGACCUGCUGACCAAGGAGCACAUGGUCGGCAGCAUCGGCAACGUCCUCGGCAGCGUGGAGAAGAUGGACGCCGGCUACAAGGGCAAGGAGCGGCGCCUCAGCCCGGCCGCCGCGCUCUCCCGCCUGCAGCUGCUGCUGAGCGCGCACCUCACCAACGGCAGAGCCUGCUGCCAUUGCACCAGUUCGAUGAACAAUGCUACCACGGGUGCCGCCGCCGGAACAUCCACGACCACGUACACUGUCGGGGACGACCUCUCGGUGAAUCCGGCUUCUUUUUUCACGACCAUGUCGCUACACUGGGCAUCACGGAGUUCUCACAAUUUGGCGUCAACAAGGAUCUCAACGCGCUGCAGGAGAAAACCGUGAAGAUCGGCAAGGAAGAGGCGCUGAGGAUACUCUCUGCUUCCCUCAAGUCCAAGACCGUGCUGACGGAUGUCUUCCUCAAGAGUCAAGAGUGAAGCCAUUGUCCAAUAAUAGUAAUUAAGAAUCAUUAUCGUAUCAUCAUGGUAGAAAAAGGACCUAUUUUUCAA